CGAUAUCAACACGGACAGUCGAUCUACCUUUACUUCAAUGUUCACACGUUAUCUAGCAAUCAAUUUGUGGUUAAAGCUAAGGAAACUAAACACGCAAGCAAUUAAACUUUGGUGAAUUCGAUUGAGAAAGAAUCACUCGGAAAUUGCUCCCCCUAGUCUCAUAUCAAGAUACAACGACAAAAACUUUAGUGUGAUAAGUAGGAUCAUAUACCGUGAGGAGGUCACAACUAGCUAGGAAAUCCUAACCCUCUUAAUUGAUCGACUAAUGAUUUUAACAAUUAGCUAGGAAACUCUAUCUCUCUUAAUAGAUUGACUAAGGAUUGUCACAAUUAGUUAGGAAACCCUAACUCUCUUAAUCGAUCGACUAAGGAUUGCAAAAUCACUCCCUCGGAAGAUAAUAAGAAAUGACGAAAAGUAAUAAAUCAAGACAAAAUCAUGGCACUACUUUGAUGAAUGAGGAAUGACCCAAAUCACUUUAGAGAAGGUUACCCAAAUUGCCAAGAUUGGGCUAUAAGGGGAUUUCCUUCUUCUAUAUCAACUUGUCCCAAAAUUGAGAUAUGAACAACAACACUCAAAUUUCUUGAAUAAUACCUCAAUCAUUAUAUAAAUCACAAACCCAACACACACAGAUUUCAAUUCCUACAGUCUAACACAUCAUAGACUAGUGUUCACAACAUCCACGUGAAAUUGGAGACGACUUCAUAGUUAUAGGAGAAAAUACAAAUAAGAUAGAAGAAAAACUCAUUGCCAGUUGAUCCUCUUUCUUCUUAGAUGCUUGAUUCAACAUUUGAAGAAGAAAUUAACCUUUCUCUAGCCUUGGGUAGGUGAAAUUCUCCUUCCUUCUUAGCUCGUAGCUCUCUCUCUCUCUCUCUCUCUCUGUAUAUAUAUAUAUAUAUAUAUAUAUAUAUAUGGUGACUACUUCGGUGCACUAAAAAAAAUGAGUGCGUUCAAUGCACCCAACUCAAAAACUAGUCUUAAGGUGUCGAAUUUUGAAUUUUAAGAUGUAGAAUUAGUGUAAUAUGAUGAUAUAACAUAUGAUAACAACUAAUUAGUGGAUAACCCUAAGCCCUAGACCUCCAAUUUUGAGUUCUAUCCGUAAACCCCAAAUUAUAAACCCUAACCCUAAUCCUAAAUCUCUAAACUCUAAUCCUUCAAAUUAAAGUAAAUCUUUAAUGGGGUUUUGUGCAAAUUCAUGUGUGUUAUUGUUCAUCACAUCAUAAGUGAUGAUUGACAUCAUUUUGACAUAAAUCGCAUGUUUAAAAUGACGGUUAUGAAGCGAGUGCACCGAAUGCACCCAUAAAAGUGAGUGCACCGAAGACAUCACCACAUAUAUAUAUAUAUAUAUAUAUAUGGGGAGUUCUACGGUACCCAGGGUGAAAUCCGGGGUACCGCAUACCUUGAGUAAGAAAACGCUAUCCAGGACUUGAAUUGACUGAUGUUUCGGACAUGAUACUAUACUCUAACCCUUAAAGAUCAAAAUCUAGGUCUUAAUUCUCUAAAUCUUCUACCCCAAGAUCAAUUUAAUUAGAAACAAUAAUUGACGGUUAUGAUUCGUCCAAAUAUAGAGGGGGAAAAUCAAUGCACCAUCUUAGGGUUUAUAGUUUACGAUUUAGAUAAUUAGGACCUAGGGUUCACUCAUUAAGGGUUAGGGUAUAGUAUCAUGCCCAAAAAUCUCGCUAAUUCGAGAUCUAGAUAGCGUUUUCAUACUCAAGGUAUGCGGUACCCUGGAUUUCACCUAGGGUACCAUAGAAGGCACCAUAUAUAUAUAAACCUUGAAGAAGAAGCUCCAAUCUAUCUCUAGGACUAUGUUUUCUUUCUUCAUCUCACUCUCCUAUUUAUAGCUCCCGACUGCUGAAAUCUCGAUCCAACUUCAGGCCCGUACACAUUCGGGAGGCUGUGACAUUUGCAGUGCCCGCUAGCUAUACGAACCCUCCUGGAACAUUGCGAUCUUCACAGUUUGAAUUUUGAAAUCACGGCUUCCGCCCAUGAUAAUCUUUUCCUAGCCGUGAUCUUCACAUUUUUUACCACUUCGCUCCCUUUUCGCCCUCUUUCGUUCGACUUUCAUCUCAGAGCCAAGAUUACAUGUUUAGGUCCGAAACAUGACAUAAAUACAAACAAACCAUGCGUAAACUAGCUCAAAGGACGGUGCAAACACAUCAAAUGUCAUAAAGGGGUACAAAGGUGUGUAAUAUAAUCCGAAUCAAUUCUCCCAACCACUAUUAUAUGAAAUGGUUGAGAGAUUAACUAAACCUCAUUUGAACCCUAAGAAUAAUGUGUGAUAAAUUAAACCCCUCAUUUAAGGGUCAUUUGGGAGAAAUUGGAUGGGGUAUUAACAAUUUAAGUGUUAACACCAUGCUAACAUAAACCAUUAAGGGUAAUUUGGUAACUAUUUCUCAUAGCACCAGUUACCGUCUCAGGAAAAAUACAAGUCAAACCCCCUCCCCUAUUUUCUUCAAAAUCGAUUCAUUUCUUCUAUCGCGAUGACAAUAAUGAUAAGCCUCUUGAACCUUAGUGUCCCCUGCCGUCAUUGAAACCUUCAAUUAUAUUGCAUUUCCUUGCUCCCUUCUCAUUCUCUCUAGUUCCAUUCGACAGAAAACCACAGUUCGUCUCGACUUACGACCUAAAACCUUGUUCCAUGCAUCAUGUUGCUCUUAUCCAUGUCUUCCUCUAUCAGACUCCUAGUUUUACUUGCCAAUCAAAUUCCAACCUCAAUAUUGACCUUCGAAAUAGCAGUUUAUAGGUAGGAAUCAUGAAAUUUCUAGAACUAGAACCGUUCGACGUCCAUGCACUUUCUCAUUAAUGUUUCUUGAAUUUACAUGCUCACAUUUUUCUAGUUUGUGGUAUGAAUUGUGAUGUUUUUCAUGUUUAUUGUUUUGAGUUUCUUUUUGUGGUUUUACAUAUUUCUGGUUUGCUUCAUUACAUUUCUAGUGCAACUUUAGUCUUCCUGGUCUAGAUUAUGAGAUUUGUGGUUUUCAUUGUGUUUAACACUUAUGCUGUACUUUAUAGUUGUGGUAUGAAGAUUGAGGAUUAAUUGGUGUUGGAUUGCCCUUAUUGUGGUCUACCUGAGUCUCAGGUACACAUGUUUAUGGAGUGUGAAUGGUCACAACAUAUAUGGAAAAGAUCCUCAUGAUCACACCAAUAUAACAUUGCAGAUGGGGAAGACUUGUGAGCUUGGUUAAAUAUAGUGAUUACAAUAGCGGAUUUGGAUGCGGUUGGAGGAAUCUAUUUCCUAAUGUCUUCCUAUGCAAUGAACAAAUAAUCAUCAAUUCAAUGGGGAAAACUCAAAGAGAAACAUGUGGAAAUUAAAGCUAAAAAUGGAUAUUGGAGUACAUGUAUGAACAAGAACAUGUACUACGCUCAAAGUGAAUGCGUUAGAAGGAACCCUCACCAGAACCUGCAAGCAUUGGGAAUUCGUAAAGUCAACACAAAUGCAAGAUGUUUGGGCCAAGGAGGAAGAUGGUUGGGGAUGGUAGUGCGUGAUUGGACAGGUUCAUUUAGAUUUUGUGUCGUCAAGAGAGAAGCCGAGAGAUGGAGCCCAACCAAUGCUGAAGGAAGGGCAAUCCUCUUUGCGAUUAAAAAGCUGAAGGAGAUGCAAUGGAGAACUGUACGGGAUUGAAUCUGAUUGUAUGAAAUAGAUGAACAAGUUACAAAAACAAGCAACUGACAUGUCAGAACUCUGUAUGAUAUGUCAAGCAAUUUUGCACAUAGAUGGAGCAGAGGGUUGUCGUGGUUGGAGACAUACCUAUCGUGAAGCGAACUCCGUUAUUCAUAAGCUACUUCAUUGUUAAAUUAGUCUUAAUGAACUAAUAAUUAGCUAGGCUUUUACCCUUCAUUCACUUUGAAUGCAAUUGAAUGAAUUGCACUCAGAUAUUAUCUAUAAGUCUUAAUCAAUAAAUUAUAGGAGGUCUGCUCCCUCCAUUCCACAAAAAAUUGAUGUUUUAAGCAAUGUAGUCAAAAGCGUGGUUCUACCUGGAUGCGAAAAAUAGGUAAAAUCCUAAAACGUAAAAGCGACGUGUAAAAGCGUAAAUUUUUUAUACAUCGUGUAAAUAAAUCAAAAAUAUAUUAAGUACGACAUGUAAUCUGUAAAACAUGAGUGUAUAGAUUUUAAAUAAGUGCAAAUCUACAUGAAUUUCAUGCGUAAAAUGUAAUUUCCCACACAAACUAAUUUGAGUCGAUUCUAAAGUAGAGCUAACUCAUAACAUUUUAACAAGAGGUUCAUAAACAUAAAUUAUAACUCACAAGCAAGCUUAAGAAUCCAAAUUCUCACAAGCUAGUUUAAUUUACAUAAUGAAAUAAAAGUUUAAUA